AUGUCCUCUUGGGACACCAUCUUGGAUGCCGUGGUGAAGGGGCUCACCUUCGCCGUUCACCUGGUCACCUUGACCGAAAAGGGGUGGGGGUAUGCCCGAAAGUGGUGGGGAAAGGAGAAGGACAAGGAGGGGGAUUUGGAGAUGGGCCCGGUGGGAUUGAGGGCCGAGAUGGAGGCGAUGAAGGGGGAGAUGGGCGAGUUGAAGGGGCGAGUGGCGGCAGUCGAGGCAGAGAACAGUGUCCUCCGGGAGGUCGUCAACGACCUCCAGAACCGGUUCGGAGGACCUCUCCCCUCUCGACGGGUCGAUGGAGUCCGGCGUCGACCCACGUCAGCCACUCCCUCGCUGAUCGAGCGACCGCGUGGCGGCGAUAACCACCUUAAAAACCCUUAA